UCAAAUAGAUGUGAAAAUGUACAAAGUAAAUGUUUAUUUAACCUGAAUGUAAAAGAAUUUAAAGUUAUUGAGGUUUCGCAUAGGUGGCAAAUAUUUUUGGCCGAGGCUGUAUAUGGAGGAAAGUCCUCUUUUAUGAGAUAGACUUCUAAUAUGAGAUAGCAGGUUUUCAACACCCAAAUUCAAUCACAAGUCUGUUUUCUUCCACUAAACGGAUUUCGCUCCAAAGGCAAUAAAUUCAUCAUGGAACCAACAGGAUCCAUCAUGGAACCAGAGAAGCGCCUGAUGGAGGCCUUCCGCACCGAUUGCCAGACACUGAUAACGCGCUUUGAGCUGACCUACAAUACUCACUUCCAGUACUUCUGCGAGAUCUGGAAAGAGAUGCAGUUUGGCUUGGUCUUCGCUUUUCACUCUUCCGAGAGCACGUUAACAGUAUUCUGCGAGGAGGCUCUUUGCAUAACGAAACAGUUCUUGGUGAAUGCGUCGAGUUUAAAGGAACGUAUUGGAGCCCUGUACCUUACGUACGGAGUGUAUUAUAAGAUACCGGUGAAAAAUCUGAAGAUUAGAAUGACCAUGACGGAUUGGAGUUGCCUGUUGGAGCUGCACAAUCAAGUGAAAAAAGAGGAGUUUCUCGACGCAAACUACAUCUUGUGCAAGCUGAUUGUUGAUCGUGCAUUCAUUCACAGCAUUAGCGACAGACAGUAUGGUAUCGAGAGGCACUUUUAUCAGAAGCAAGAACAGCCUAAACUGGACGUUAAUUUGAUGCCAGAAAUCAAAGAACUAGCAUCGCCAGAGAAACUGCUAUCGAUUAUCAGCCAGUACAGCGAGGCCUACGAAGAAAAGAAGCGUGCUUUGUACGAUGCUCAGGGAGAUAGUGGCCUACAACUGUACGACUCGAGCUUAGCAGACAGUAUUGCUAAUAGCAUUCGCAAGAUACAGUCGGAAAGUAGAAUAUUUGUUAAAUCUGAAGUGAACACCGGCUAUGGUAGGUCAGCGGCAUCAUCGAUAUCAGGAUCAAGCGACAAAGAUCAAAAGCGCAUGCGAUUUCGUAAGAAUCAAGUCCUGUCCAAGAUAGGCCGAGGAUUUGAAAAAGGACUUCAGUCGGAAGAUGAAUUGGAACAAUCAGACUAGGGGAGUCUGAAGCGAUAUGAAGAAUAACUCGGCGUUGCUUUGUAAAAAGUUAUAGUGAAAAAUUAUAAUGCAAGAAUUGAUUCAAGUGUUGAUCAGGUAUUGACUCGAAGUGCGCGUGAGAGAAAGAUAUGAGAUUUUAAAAUUAUAGACUUUACUGAGUCCACGGUUCAAUUGAGUGAAAUUUGCACUGUGGAAUCACAAAGAGUGAAGUGCUAUUUGAAUUUCUAUUUUUCUGUGAUCUUAUAGGCUUAAUAAAACUUCGGGAUAACUUUAUAAAAUUUUUCUUACCAAGAUGUGACACCAAAGAAGAUAAUCAAAGCGUUAUCAUAGAACUAGAAGGUUAAUUUGUGUACUAGAAAAUAAACGCAUGUAUGUUUUGUA